CCAGUAGGCGCUUAGAUAUUUUACAAAAACAAAACAAAAAAGUGGAUUGAGCACUUAACCCUUCUUCAUUUCUUUAGCUACUCUUGAAACAUUUUCUACAUUUUGCCCAAGUCGUUUAAAAAAAGGAACUUUAAGCUUCCAAGCCAUGAAGGAACUUUUGAACAUUUUAAUUGAUAUCUUGUUAGUGUGACUCUAAGUUGUUGAGAGAGAAAACUAUCUAUUUUGGAGGCAAAACUGAUAUAUUCGUCUUAUGAAUAGACUAUGCCAUGUAGCAAAGGAGUUCACAGUAAUUAAUAAACUUGCAUACACACUUGAAAGGAACAGGAUUUGGAAUUGGCAGUGGGUCUUUAGGGCCCAAAUUCAACUUCAGCCUGCAUUCCUGGUUUCCAUCUAAUGAUGGUUUGAACCACAGCCAAAAUAAUUAGUUUCAGUUAAAAUAUAGUUAAUUUAUCAGUGGCACAAAAACAUUUGCCUCAUUUGGCUUGAAUUGAUAGCUUUGUUUGCAAUCUAUACAAUGUGCACAUGUAGACUGAAGUGCCUGCUCUCGCUUAACUAGUAAAUGAUUGCACUGAGUGAAGUUUAAAACAUGAGUGGAACAGACUACCAGUGCCCCAAAAAUUCAAACAAAUGCUACUGUGGAUAGGAUACUUCUCUUUUCAGGGCUUAGAAUCUUUUGCCACUUCUGAGAAUUAACUUUAUUUUCAUUAAUAAAAAAAUGAACAAACUUUGUAACCCAGUGACUGGUUUGCUCCCAACACAUUUAAUAUUUAAUCAUGCAGGAAGUCAAUAAUCAAGAAAUAUUGAACUAUUUCUAGAUGUAUGACCUAAACAUUUAAAAGAAUUCAAAUUCAGUGUCUCUUAAAUCAGUUUUAUGAAAGUGUAAAACUGAACUGUAAGUACUUCAAAUCAUUGAAAUAAAUGUAGAUCUCUUCACAAAUUUCUAUGAAGAUAUAGGUAUGAAUACAGCAUUUCUAACAUUUAUUCAGAGUCAUGAGUUGGAACUUCAAAAAACACUAUAAGGACUAAUAAAUGAUGGGUUCCUUUUAUUUGCCUUCUGGUUUUUGAUACUUCAGGUUUUACAUGAUCAAGCUUUUCUCUGUAACCAGGAAGACUAAAAAGAAAAAAACUGCAAACUUAGAUUGUAAUGGAAUGGAAUCUUAAAAUAUUAAGUAACACAAGGUUUGGAAUGAAAUUGAGACUUAACAAUCUUGUGAAUACUUGCAAGUAAAUGUAACUUUUGUUAAGUGAUCACAAAAAAUACCUUUCCCAUACACAAAGUAAUUGCAUUCAGCUGCCUUAGGGAUCUGGUCCUUAGUAUUUGCAUAGUUGAAAUUUAAAUUAUUCAAGUGUUUUUUUUAAAGUAUGAUUGUUGCGGAAACCUGAAGGGUAGGUAGGAUAGGCUCUGAUUAGCCUUUUGUGGGUCACAUACAAUAUAACCUUUUAUACACUGCUGUAAAUCUCUCUUAUCCACAUUCAAAUAUACCUGUACUGCUUAUCGUCUUUAGUAAGAGCAUAUAUUUUUAGUUAUGUGCUUUUUAUUAGCGAGGAAAGAAUCUUUAAAUUUUUCUUUUAUACCUGCUGAUUUUACUUUGUAUAUUUGAUUUAUAUAGUAUGUGUGUGUUUAAAGUUUGUCACAUCCAUAUUUAGCAUUUAAUUUGUACUUAGGAUAAGAGAACACUAUUUGCUUGAAAUCAGAUCUAAAAGCUAACUUUUACAGCAUCAAGUUUUGAUUACUUCUAAAUUCACGGUGUAACAGGUGGCAUUCAUAGAACAAUAGGCUUCAAAUUCUCAUAGUUCCUAAUAAGCAAAAUACCUGUGGGAUUUCUUCACUUUAAAUGGGAACGAGUUAUACCUACAUAAAUUCCUGUUUAAACAGUUCCCAUAUAAUAAACACAAGGAUUGUAAGGAAUUUACCUAUAAUUUUGCAGAAGAAACUAGAAAAUUGGACUUUGGUGCAGUAACGCCAGGUUAUGAUUUCAUGAAAAGACUUAGGGGAGGUAUAGAGUCUAUUCUUCCUUGUGAUGCUCAUGAGAUAGCUGGGAAUCGUCUCUAUGUAUCAGUCACCAACACUAAAAAUGGAGAAAAUUACUUGGUUUCAAAUUUUGCCUCUAGGGAGGAUCUCAUUAAGGUCCUCUUAGCAAGCAGUUUUGUGCCAAUAUAUGCAGGAAUAAAAGCAGUGGAAUAUAAAGGAGAGAAAUGGAUUGAUGGCGGUCUUACCAAUGGCCUCCCUAUCCUGCCUGUGGGAAGGACAGUGACUAUUUCUCCUUUCAGUGGUCGAUUAGAUAUCUGUCCACAAGAUAAAGGCCAUGUAGAUCUCUAUGUUAAAGUUGCAAAACAAGAUCUAAUGUUGUCCGUAGCUAACUUGAUAAGACUUAAUCAAGCUCUGUUUCCACCAAGUCAGAAGAAAAUGGAAUCAUUGUUCCAAAAUGGAUUUGAUGAUGCUGUACACUUCCUAUUAAAGGAAAACUGGUUUGAAUAGAUUGUGUGUACAAAAUUAACAAAGUUAGAUGGUCUUCGAAGCUAAGCUUCAUACUUCAUGCAGGAUCUGUGGAGUAGCUGUUAUAAUUGCUGUUUAUCAAGUGCUAGAUGAAUGGCACCCAUUGGCAUCAACAGAUAUACAGGGGCCUUUAUCUGGAAUUUGUAUGUGUGUCCAAGUGGACAUUAUUCACAUGGUGAAUUAAGCUGCUGUCUGUGAAGGUGUUAUACUAAAAUAUACUAAAUUUGUUAUAGCUGGUCAGAAUUUGUAGCAUGUAUAACUAUUGAAGUUCAUUGUGUGAUAUUCUAGGAAGGUCUUGAAAAUGUUUCUAAUAUUAAUCAUUUAAGAAACUUAUUCAGGUUUUUUAUUCCUAAAAAUAUGCAUUGUUCCUAGUUUUCUUAAGUUUUGAAUAGUCAUUUUGAAUCCUGUUUUUGUGCACAUUACAUUGACUGGCUACAGUGCUGCUAUUUAUUUUUACUCCAAAAUCAGUUUUCUACAGUAUGUUAUCAAGUAUGGAUUCUAAUUAAACAGACUGUAGGGAGGAAAACCCAAUUUAAUUGCAUUUAUUAUAAUUUGUCAUUAGCAUUUAUUGGCUAUUAAAUUGGUUCUUUGUCUCUCUAAAUUCUGUAAUGUCCAUCUGCUUCAGAAUUUUAAAAAUGUAAUACUUCUGUAAAUGUAAUUCAGGAACAACCUUUUGAAAAUAUAUUUUCAUUCAGUUUUUCUUUAUCUACUAAAUUUGAAUAAAUGAAUGUAGUUUUGGA